AUGAACGUGGAGAACAUCUUCCCCAACAGCGACGUGAACGUGGAGGAAAUCGAGAAGCUGACGAACGCCGAAAUCAAAACGAGGAUCAGCCUGAUCGACACGGAAAUCAAAAUUCUAAAAAAUGAGCACACGAGGCUGAAGAAUGAGUACAAGAGUCUGCAGGAGAAGAUAAAGGACAACGUGGAAAAGAUACAUCUGAAUAAGAUGCUGCCCUACCUGGUUGCCAAUGUCGUAGAAUCGCUAGAUCUGGAUGACGAUGAGGAAUCAAAUGAACCCAAAGAUGAAUACGACUUAUACGUGGACAACUCAAAAGGGGGAAACAACGAUCAAGGCUUUCGAGACAUCGAUGAUGAGAAGAGAGGAAAGUGUAUGGUCAUCAAAACGUCCACCAGGCAAACCAUAUUUUUGCCUGUCCCCGGGUUGAUAGAAGCAUCCGAAUUGAAACCAGGAGACCUCGUGGGGGUUAAUAAAGACAGCUACCUCAUCAUAGAUAAGUUGCCACCCGAAUAUGACAAUCGAGUGAAAGCCAUGGAAGUUAUAGAAAAACCAUCGGAAGAUUACUCAGACAUUGGGGGGUUAGAUAAACAGAUAGAAGACCUGGUGGAGGCAAUUGUGUUGCCCAUGCUACAUAAGGAAAAAUUUGAAAAAAUAGGAAUUAAACCUCCCAAAGGAGUUUUGAUGCAUGGCCCUCCAGGCACAGGUAAGACACUACUUGCUAGAGCCUGUGCCUCACAGACAAAUGCCACUUUUUUAAAAUUAGCUGGGCCGCAACUUGUGCAAAUGUUUAUUGGGGAUGGAGCGAAAAUGGUCAGAGAUGCUUUCAACUUGGCCAAAGAAAAAGCGCCAGCUAUCAUCUUCAUUGACGAGUUAGAUGCCAUUGGAACCAAACGAUUCGACAGCGAACUGUCUGGUGAUAGGGAGGUACAAAGAACCAUGCUGGAGUUGCUGAACCAGCUGGACGGCUUCAGCACAGAUGACACUGUCAAAGUGAUUGCCGCAACGAAUAGACCCGAUACGCUCGACCCCGCUCUGCUUCGAUCGGGGAGACUAGACAGGAAAAUUGAAUUGCCUCAUCCAAAUGAAGAAUCGAGGGCAAGGAUUUUGCAGAUUCAUUCGCGCAAGAUGAACGUCCACAAGGAUGUUAACUUUGAGGAGCUGGCUAGGUCCACCGACGACUUUAAUGGGGCCCAGCUCAAGGCCGUGUGCGUGGAGGCCGGGAUGAUUGCCCUCCGCCGGGGCGCCACGGAGAUCGACCACGAGGACUUCGUCGAGGGGAUCACCUCCGUCCUCUCCAAGAAGAAGAGCACGCUCAAUUACUUCACCUAGGGGAAGCCGAGGUGUAGCGGUGAUGGCGCAGCCGGGGAAGCGGUUUUGCCGGGGAAGCGGCUUUGCCAACCGUUUAGCCAGCGGCGUCCCUGUCCGACGAGCCCUCACCGUUACACCAGCGCGCGCAUGCCCAUUCCGUGUGGUGAGGAGAAAUGCCGGGGCCACGUGCCACCGCCCCCGAGGAGUGCCUCCCCCCGCGGGCGCAGCCGCGUGCCUGAUGGGAGCGCCGCGCGAGUCGAUCAAGUCGAUCGAGUUAGGAACGGGGUGGAGGCACGGCAGCUGCACUUUCUCUUCGUCUCGGCCAUUCAGUUAGGUCAAGAUAAGCGUGUGCAUAUAACAUCUCCAGUAGCGCUCCCCUUAACGCGCCCAUUAACGUGCCAAUUUUUAAUUUUUACGCAACUGGCCUUCUAGCCCCUCUCCCCUUUUUUUUUUUUUUUAAUUCAUACGAGACCACCCCCGUCGUGUACACCUCCCCGUGUGCAGGUGGCAGAACGGGAAGCGCACCGCCGCAAAGCGAUGAUACUGUUCGGUUGAUUC